AUGGAUGUAAUUAACAGUAAUGAAAACGACAUUGUCACAUGCAAUGAAGUCAUGGUACAAAAUGAAUAUCCAAGUACUGAAGAUUCAUCAAAUGUCACGUCAAGCAACAACGACGACGAUGUUACAAAACAUCCAGAGCAGAUUAAAACAAAGGAAUGUUUGGUGCAGCGAAGAUUUAGCCUUAGACUUCAAAAUCGGAAGGACAAUGGCAAAGAUAAUAAAAAGAGAUCAAUGAGUGAUAACAAUGGGAACAAUUUUGAUCCGAAGAGAGCAAAGAUUGAAGUAGGUGAAACAUGCAUAAGCGAUACAAGCUCUCCCUCUAGUGAUUUUCUUCAUGUGUUUGAUGAAUUGGACUUCAGGGGCGUUCUAAUGAUAAAAGAAUCGUUGAGAUCUUUCAAUCUCCAUAGACUUGAAUCUUCUCAGGUAGAGCAGAGUAAAUCCAAGAAGCUGGAUAAGAGGGAUGCCAAACUUUUAAGGACUAAGGAUGUUGAUAAAAAUUGGGCUGAGAAAGGUUUUCCUACAAGCACAGGGUGUAAGUAUCUUUUAAAGCAGCUUCGGAGACUGGCCAAAUUGGGUAAUGAUAAGGUUGUACAUUUGACUCGAGGGCAAGUAUCCAGUGCUUCUGAAUAUCCAUGUUUGGUUUGCAAGGACCUUAGCAAUGGACAAGAAGCCAUUACCAUUCCAGUAACUAAUGAAUAUGAUGAUCCCCCCAUUGCACCUGAGGGGUUUGCAUAUACCACAUCACUUCAAUAUGCAAGCAACGUUAAAGUUCCCUCUAGUGACAAAGAUUGCAAGUGCAAAGGAAGUUGUAGAAAUAUGAGUACUUGCUCUUGUGCUCUUCGUAAUGGCUCCGAGUUUCCAUAUGUUGUUGGUCGGAAAGGUUGCAGAUUGAUGCAGCCUACAGAUAUUUUGUAUGAAUGUGGUCCAAGAUGUGGACCUAAUUGUGACAAUAAAAUAACUCAAAAGGGUUUGAGUUAUAAGCUUGAGGUUUAUAGAACUCCCAACAAAGGGUGGGCAGUUAGAACAUGGGACUUCAUUCCUUGUGGUGCACCUAUUUGUGAAUAUUUUGGUGUUGUUAGAAGAAAUGAAGAUUUGGAGUUGGAGAGUGCUCUAGGGAAUGCUUUUAUAUUUGACAUUGAUUGCUUACAUACAAUUAAUGAGGUAGAUGGACGGGAGAGAAGGUUGCGUGAUGUAUCAUUGCCGAGUAACACUUUUGUUGAAAAAAGAAAUGAAGUGACAACAGAAAAUGAGCCCGAGUUCAGCAUAGAUGCCAACUCUUUUGGGAAUGUUGUUAGGCUCAUAAAUCAUAGUUGUGAUCCUAACCUCUUUGUUCAAUGUGUUCUGAGCUCUCACCAUGAUAUCAGACUAGCUAGGAUAGUGUUAUUUGCGGCACAAGACAUACCUCCUUACCAAGAGCUCACAUAUGAUUAUGGUUAUAUACUUGAUAGUGUUGUUGGUCCUGAUGGAAUACCUAAGCAGUUACCUUGUUACUGUGGUGCAGCUGAUUGUCGCAAGCGCUUAUACUAG